AUGGGUAAAAGGCAGCGCAGUGACUACCGUGUGGAUGGUGGAGGCUCCUCAACGGAAUCAAACGAUGAAACCUUGCUCUCCACCAAAAUGAACGGUGGAGAAGUUUGUACACAUGUACAGAAAUCCAUCGAUCUCAACACAAUACGGAAACAAAUCAAAACCAAUGACGGUUGGUACCGAAAGGUUUGCGGCAAAUGUAUGGAUGAGCCAGCGACACAUGGUGGUAGUCAGAUUUACGACACAUCGAAAGAGUUCAGUGAUGCUAGUUGUGACAAAACGUUGUGGCUUUGUCUCAAGUGUGGUAGUCAGCUAUGUGGCCGGAAGAAAAAUCAACAUGCUUUGCAACACUACGCAACGCCACGGUCGGAUAUGCAUGCGCUUGCGAUGAAUACAACCACGAUGGAUGUGUGGUGUUACUCGUGCAACGUUCCAGUAGAUCCGUAUGCAAAGCCGAAACUUCUCGAAUUGGUGGAGCUCAUUAAAAGAGAAGUAACGAAAGUGAGGUUCACCGAUACGGCCGCUCAACCUAGCGUGGCCGGGCUGGACGCACAUUUGAUCAAAACAACGGAGUCAGUUCGAAACAUGGUAAUAAAUGUACGUCAAUCAACCUUAAACAAUUCGUACGAUGUGCCGGAUGCUGCCAAGUUCGACUCCAACAAUCAAACGUACGUUCAUAAACCCGGCAACAAUGGGGCUGGGUCCGGUGGGACCAACGUUGCUGCGUCCGCGAUACGCCAUCCGAUGCCGGCACGAAACAUAAUAGACACGCUGCCACGUGUCCGUGGAUUGUCUAAUCUGGGCAAUACUUGCUUUUUUAACGCCGUUUUGCAGUGUUUGGCACGCACACCUUAUUUGCUGCACAUUUUGCAGCAAUCAGCAAAGGAAGGCGAGAAGGUCCACAUACCGGGUGGGAUGUUAAAAUUGCCGGAUGGUUCCGAAAUGUCUGUACCAUCAAUCGAUGGAGAACUGUUCAGCUGGCGCAGUCUUACUGAAGCUCUAACCGAGCUGCUAAGCGAGCUGAAUACUAAUUCACUGGAACCACUGUCGCCGAACCGUUUGCUGCAGGAACUAACCAGCAAAUGGCCACAGUUCGAUGGUGGCGAUCAGCAUGAUUCACACGAACUGUUGCGUCAUCUGUUGGAAAGCGUUCGAACGGAUGAUUUGCGCCGCUACCAGUCGGUAAUACUGCAAACGCUCGGACUGGAAACACGCCAGCAGCAGCAAAACGUGGACAAAACACAAAAAGCAUUGGCCAAGUUUUACAACGAACAGAUAUCCCAAUGGGUGUUCCGUCCCGAGCAGGUAUUCCGAGGUUCGCUCGUUUCGACGCUAACUUGUCAGGAUUGUCACCAUACGUCGUCGCAGCACGAAUACUUUCUCGAUAUCUCGUUGCCGGUUUGUGUGGAGAAACCGCAACCACCGAUAAGACGUCGCAGCAGUCCCGAGCCAGAUAGUAAUAGCACCGGCGGCAUUUUGACGCCAUUGUCCAAUGCGAGAGUGGGGACAGCUAUAGCUAGCGGCGGGUCGUCGGUAUCGAAGUCUGCUAGCAAGAAGGAACGCGAAUUGAAUAAAAAAGCAAAACGCAUUGCAAAGCAUCAGAAAAAUCGAAUUAAUCUAUCGUCGGUUGGUGGAAUGGCGCCGGCUGGCGGUGAUACGGUGGGUAAUGUUGGGGAGGACAGCGAACCCAUGGCACACAUGAUUCCGCUGACGGAUGAUGAUCCAACAUUCCUGCCGGAUGGUGCGAAAACGAACGACGAGGAAGAAUCAUCGGGCGAGUCGAACGAACCGUCCGAUGCUGAUGUGGAGGACAAUGAUGUAACGGAUGAUCCGUUAUCGAAGCAGGGUUCCGUAUCGAUUGUGGAUCAAAACGGUAACCAGUUACGUUCGUUGCCGGAAAAGGUGGACGAUACGCCAGAAAAUCUUAACAAAGAAACGGAUGGUAGAAAUAUCGUAUGCGCUGUUGGCAUCAGUGUACAGCGUGCCGCACAUGUGGCACGGCAACUUUCGACUGGAAAUGGUGGUAGUAGCGAAACAGACGAAGACACUGCUAGGCGAAGAGAAGUGCCGGGAUGUGGUGGACGGGAGGAAGGUGACGAUGGGUCCACCACGACCAGCAGUGAGCCAAAGCGGGGAGGCCGCCAGAGAACGUUUAGUCAUGCGGAUUGGAGUAACACGAUCGCACCACGCUAUCAGUGCGAGGAUGGCGAAUAUUCGAUACAGUCGUGCUUUAACAAUUUUACUGCUGUCGAACUGAUGACCGGCAACAAUAAGGUGUGUUGCGAGGCGUGCACGGAACGCAUCAACGGAAAGGGUGGCAAAUCGGUCAACACAAACGCGACCAAGCAGUUUCUCAUUUCGCAACCUCCCGCCGUACUGAUACUGCAUUUAAAGCGCUUCCAGGUUGGUCUGCGAAGUGUGUUUAAGAAGUUGAACAAGCUCGUCUCUUUUCCGUUCGUACUCGACAUUGCACCGUUCUGUGGUUCGAAGGUAAAGCGUGCGUCACACAUACGACCCGGACAGAAAAGAAUACUUUACGCGCUUUAUGGAUUGGUCGAGCAUUCCGGCUCGAUGCACGGUGGACACUACGUUGCGUACGUGAAGGUACGCCCCACAUUCGGUCCCGAGGACGAACGGUGGAAGUUCAUCCCGCAGGGCACGAAAGAUGAGCUGGACCGGAAGUCGGAGCAGGAAAUGGCCAAAGAGCAGGCAUUACGCAUGGGAGCACAUGUGCGAGAUAGUGACGAUUCGCUCAGCUCGUCCCAUUCGACCAGCGAUAAUGAGGAUAGCGCCCAAAAGUUGCCACGUGAGCAGAACAAGCAAGACGUGUCCGAGAUUGGCAACGCUGCCAAGUCAACCGAACCGGUACCAGAUGUCGAACCACCGCCCGGUAAAUGGUACUGUGUCUCGGAUAGUUACGUACGAGAGGUAACAGAGGAGAGCGUACUGAAGGUGCAGGCGUACUUGCUAUUUUACGAGCGCAUAUUCUAA